AUGGCGGCGGCUCUCUCUUGUCGGAUCCCUCUUCCGCAACCAGGUUCCACCCUCCAACGCAGAGCCCCGGCGGCGCUUUCCGGCCAGUCCUUGCUUCUGCUUCCUAGGCAGCGGGAGGAUGGGCGGGAGAGCGCCCCUGGGACUCGCCGGAUCCGCGGGGAGCUGGCGAGCGGGAUUGGGUUCUCGUCCGAGAAGGAUAGCGCCGCCCAUCACCUCCGGAUUUUUCCGUCCUCGUCGUCGUCCUCUUCCUCUGACACUCACUUGGCGGUUUCUUCCUCUUUGAGCCCCGCCGUUGCACCGUCUGUGGCCUUCUCCUUGCCCCCGAAGAGGUCGAGGAAGACCGUCUGCCUCUUCUUCUGCGAGGAAACACGUGCCCUAGCCGAACGCGUCGCUGCCGAGAGCGAUGCCAUUGAACUUCGCAGCAUCAAUUGGAGGUCGCUGGAUUCGCUGAGCAGAUCUUCCUUUCUUCUGAUUCCUUUUUCUUUCUGUGUGAUUCUAGUAAUACUUUCUCCGCCUUGUUCGAUUUCUGUUCCGCAGGACCUUUGAGGACGGCUUCCCCAACCUGUUCAUCCCCAACGGCCAGGGAAUACGGGGCCAACACGUCGCCUUCUUGGCAUCCUUCAGCUCGCCUCGAGUAAUCUUCGAGCAACUCUCCGUCAUCUACGCGCUGCCCAGGUUGUUCAUCUCCUCCUUCACCGUCGUCCUCCCCUUCUUCCCCACCGGCACCUCGGAGAGGAUGGAGGAGGAGGGCGACGUUGCCACCGCAUUCACACUGGCAAGGAUUCUCUCCAGCAUACCCAUCUCCAGGGGCGGACCGACCAGCCUCGUCAUCUACGACAUCCAUGCCCUCCAGGUUCUUCACUUGGAGUUCAUUUCCAUUGGUGUUACUGCAUGUAAGGUCGAGUAUCCUCUGACUUCUUUGCUCUGCGGCUCUAUCGUCCUCUUCAGGAGAGAUUCUAUUUUGGGGAUAACGUGCUGCCAUGCUUCGAGAGUGGAGUGCCUCUACUCAUGAACAGGCUUCAAGAGCUUCCGGAUUCAGACAAUGUAGGUUCUCUAGAACCCGGCAACGAUCGAACUCUUCCUUUAGCAUAAAUUUCUCUGUCCGGAGGUAAAAACCCGAUGAGAUUGCUUCACUCUGUAUCUCAGUCUACUCCUAAGGAGCAUGGUGCGAGUUUCUUCCAAUUAUAACUAGAAAUGGUUUGCUAGACCCGUGCCUCAUUCGUGAAUCUGCCAUCUCCAGAUAUCGAUAGCUUUCCCAGAUGAUGGUGCAUGGAAGAGAUUCAAUACACUGCUGCAGCAUUUCCCAACAGUACUGUCCAUAGCUGAGCACUGCUUCAUUCAGAGCCAUUAUUCCCCUCUCGCUGUGCAAAUUUUACUCAGAGUGAAUCAGGAACUUGCAGAUUAUUUGCACAAAGGUUCGGGAAGGAGAUCAGAGGAUCGUACGUCUCAAGGAGGGAGAUCCCAGAGGUCGUCAUGUUGUUAUAGUUGACGAUCUAGUACAAUCCGGUGGUACGCUGAUCGAGUGUCAGGUACCCUAAUAUCCUUUUUUGGAAAUGUCUCCAAAGCUCACCGACCUCUGCAUUAAGUGAAGAACACUGCUGCCAUGUUCAGAAAAAAAACACGAUAUGAAUCCAGUUUUCAAGGCAGUGUAAUGAGGCUCAUGUGGCCGUUGUUUUUCAGUGGGCUUCUUCCAACUUGAGAGUUUGAGCUGUUCUAAGACUGUCUCUAACGUUUCAGAAAGUAUUGGCUGCUCAUGGGGCUAAGAAAAUCAGCGCUUAUGUGACACAUGGAAUCUUCCCUAACAGGUCAUGGGAACGGUUUCAGCAUGACAACGGAGGUAACAGCCUCUUCAAGUGGAUAAUUUUGGUCUAGCCCAUUCUGUAGUGUAGAAAUGUCCAUAUUCAUGAAUUUCUCUCAACUGAUUUAAUAAUUGGACUUGUAAAAUAACAUUCUUCUUAUGAUUAUGCAUAUGUUAUGCUCUUAUAAACCGAGUAUGUUGGUUUUUUCUCAUUCUGCUUAGUUCAUUUUUAAUUUUUUUUUUACUGUAAAAGAAAAACUUUUUUCAUGUACUAACAUUUUGAGUUAAAAUUUUAUGAGAUUUUUUUUUACCGAAAAUUUUAGUCAUAUUUUCUCAGCCUAAGUCAUCCUCUACUAAUGAUAGAUAUAUGAGGUGAUAUGACUUCAAGGGAUUAUUAUUAACUUGAUAUAAAUGGAAAUUUGCUGUGUUGGUAAGGAUUAAGCAUAAUGGCUCACUAAAGUGGUUACAUUUAGUAUCAGUUUUGCUCACUGAGAAGGAUUUUCCAAUUGAGAGUAGGGCAGUGGAGAUCUUGUGAAGAAAUUUCUUCUCUUCAGCUUUGUAUUCAGGGAUUUUAAAAAAACAAAUCACAGAUCCUUUUAUUUCAAUUAUUGACGUUUAUUAUAAUCUUGAACCCUCUCAUUCAGGGAUAUCUUGCUUCUAACAAAUUAGCUUACAUAAUUAAGUUUUUUUCUUAUUUCCACUAUUUUUUUGUUAGGUUAUUAUUAGUGCUUCAUUUUACCCACUUGGAAAGAUAAUCAAACAGUAAAACAAAAUAUAUAUAUAUAUAUAUUUAAUUCCCGGAAAAAGAGAAACCUGAUUUUCAGCCAUUUAUGGGCUUCUUAUCCAGUCGGGCAGAGCCCAUAGUUUUCUUCCACACUUGAAUGUUGUUCAUGUAAAAACAGAUAGUUCUCAGAUAUCAUUCACCACCCAAUCAAAUCUUUUCAGGCGUUAACAACUUCUUGAUGCACUCGGUUUAACCAACCCCCUUCUGUUUCUUGUUGCCAGUUGGCCCAAAUGAGGGCCUGAGCUUCUUCUGGAUAACGGACUCCUGCCCGCUCACAGUGAAGGAGGUGAAGAACAAGCGGCCCUUCGAAGUCCUCAGCCUUGCUGGCUCCAUCGCCGCUGCACUGCAGAUUUAG